ACCACAUGAUCAUCGUGAUCCUUUUCAACCCAGGCCAUUCUAUGAUUCUCUGAUACACUGGGAACAAUCCAUUGUUAUUUUAGUAUAGCACUGUGAAUAUGAGCGUAUGUAAUUUAUUAGUGUGCUUGGAUACUGGAACAGAUGUAAGUACCUUAGAGCUGGGACUUCUGGAUAUUUAAAAUAACUAAAGUAAGUUUUCCAUUAAAGCUCUUUUUAUCUGCUUUUCCUGAUUGUGCAGAUGAGCUUAGCGUGUUUCACUGGAGAGCUGUUAGCAGAUGUACCUGCAAUGAGUUGCUGUUGGUAAUUUGGAUCGAUAAAUAUUAAUAGCUAAUCCUACUCAUAAAUGGAACUUAUGAAGACUUAAUUCCUCUUUGUGAAUUUGGCCUUUCUGCCUGUCAUUAGUACAAAACCAAUUAUGUCUUGGUAAUGGGUAUCUUGUGUAUUUUUAACGUACCCAAGCCCUUAAUCACAUUGCUUCCUUUACGAGGAUGGCCAUGAAUGGAUCGACCCCACAACUCUCUGCUGCCUCUUGCAGCACACCCUGGCAGGCAUUCCAUAAAUAAACCCAUAGUGCCCAAGUAGGGGUUUGGGUAUUUGCAUUGCACGUAUUGUUUUGGAUUUAUUUCCUGUAUUUUAAUGAUGGAUGACAGAUGCAGGUCAAAUCUUCGUGGUGCCCAGAGCAUGUCUUUUUUCAUCUCAUAGAAUGCUGGCUCCCACUGUUUGACAGUUCAGAUCAUUUUGUAUUUUGACAGCAGCUUUUGGCCUCAGGACUUGCUUUGCACAUCCGUUGAUUCUCCCUGUGGCCUGUUUGUGUGGGUGAGUUACCAGCUGAAAUAGAAAUAACUGAAUGAUUGUGGAACUACAGGUCUUCAGGGGGAACAGGGAGCAAAUGUCAUUUCCGACUUAUCAUUAAAAAGGAAAGCCGUACUGGAUUGCUAGUUAAUAGCACUAUUUAAAAUUACUUCUACUCUAGGAUGCAGGCAAAGUAAGAAUGACAUCUUGACUCGGUUUUAGGCUUCGCACCACUGAUUAAAAGCUUGGUCAGAGCUGUUUCACUGUUCCAUUGAGUGUUCAGACAGAGAUGUUUUUAGUGCUCCCAUGACUGUAUUAGUAGAGCAGAUUCAUACUGAGUGUUGUGAAAUGCGUUUGUAUUUUUUGCUGAAAUGGAAGAGAUUCUUCUCUCGUCAGAAUCUCUCGAGCUGCUCUCCCAGUGUAAGUGAAGGGAAAUGUGCCAGUGUUCUGCCACAUCUUGCUCUAGCGUUCAUGCAAUCAGGCUACAAACGGUACUGAUUGACAAGAAUGCUGGAGCCAGCAUAAGGGAGCUGAUGCAAAUGUGUGGUGUGGGAACACGGGACUCCUUUGUUAGUACUGUGUGCCCUGACGUGGGCUUAAAGCAUGUAUGUAAUUCUGCCUUCCUUAUCUGGAGGAUGUCCUUGCUUCAUAUCAGCUCCCUGGGGUGGUCUACUCGUGUGUUUGCAUGUGUUUUAUGAAACUCGUAUGUAGCCUACUUCUGUUAUCUGGGAUAAAAUUUUCCAGAAUUCCUCCAUUCAAAAAGCACUUUAGCCUGUGGUAAAUAUAAAUCACUUCUUUAACCUUCUGGGAAGGUGGUGAAAGUAGUAGCUGUAAUAUGGCACUUGAAAAUGGUGCGGUGGUUAAAUAACUCCCAGAAGUGUGAAACUAAUGACGAGCCCCUUUGUGGUAUGAUUUUUGAACUUGAUGUCAGCCUGUUGCACUGGACGUGGUAAUGCUGAAGGGUCCUUGAGAUGAGAAGGGAGUGUUUGCCAUAGCGAGUUAUUGCGUGUUGAGACUGACUCAGUGAAGAAGAAAUUGUGUCACCCCAGUGAGUAUUUGAUUAGCAGACUCCUCCCCCUUUUCAGAAUCUGAACUCAGUCUGAAUUCUGUGAAUUUUUAACUGAUUUGUGGAGCAGGAAGAAGCUGAGUGCCUCUAAGAUUUGGAUUUCAAGAACUUGAGUCUCUCCAGCCCUGUGAUAGAGCCACUGCUAGAACUGAGGUGCUUUUUAAUACUACUCUUGCCUACUGUGAACAACUUUGAAGUUAAUCCUCCUUGAGCUGGAAGUUGGACUAGAUGACCUCCAAAAGUCUCCUCCAAGGGCAGCUUACCAGAAUCCAGAUGGCUCUCUUGCACAGGCGAUUGGGAUUUUCCUUAACCCAUCUGAGCAACACAGUCAUCCAGCGACACCUCAGUGUCAGUGGAGCAUGCCGAGCAAUACAGAAACUUACUCGCGUGCGAGUGGUGGACAACAGUGCCUUGGGAAACGCGCCAUACCACCGGCCACCAAAGUGUAUCCACGUGUAUAACAAGACUGGAGUUGGCAAAGUAGGAGAUAAGAUCCUUCUGGCUAUCAAAGGAGAAAAGAAGAAGGCUUUGAUUGUAGGACACAAGAUGCCUGGUCCUCACAUGACACCUAGGUUUGAUUCUAACAAUGUGGUGCUCAUAGAAGACAACGGAAAUCCGUUAGGAACGAGAAUAAAGACACCCAUACCUUAUAUCCUGCGGCGGAGAGAAGGAGAGUUCUCCAAAGUUUUGGCCAUUGCCCGCAACUUUGUAUGAGAGCUAAGAAAGAUUUCUGGCAAUCCUGUUCAUACCCUUUCCUACAGUACCCACUCCUUGGUCCUUUUCUAGAAAAAGGUGAAACACGCAGAAGUUGAGGUUAAUUAAGAGUCUCUUUUCCUGCUUAUGAAAUACAAACAGCUAAUUUAAGUACUGAAAUGCCUUGCUUUUCUCCAGAAGAGACAACAGCAUGUUUGGGAAGUGGUCCUAUACUCAAACUGCUCUGCUGGUGUUACUUUGGUUUCCAGUUAUUAAAGUAAGAAGAUGAAAAUCCUUA